CUUCCCCGGUUCGGGGCGUCAUCAGUGAGCGCCACGGGUGAGCUGGGUUGUUUCUGUUCGCCGCUUUGGGCGUGAGGCUGUGGCGCGGAGGACUCGUCUGAAACCGUGUGGUUGGAGCGAGUCAGGCUCCGCCCGCCAUGUCGGAGAGCGCCGAGAGCUCCGCGGGGGCUCAGGGCUCCUCUGAGUCCUCCACUCGGGGCUUCGCUGCUGCCGAGCCGCGGAUCAUCAAAAUCACGGUGAAGACUCCCAAGGAGAAAGAAGAGUUCGCUGUGCCUGAGACCAGCAGCAUCCAGGAGUUCAAGGAAGAAAUCUCUAAGCAUUUCAAGUCCCACGCUGAUCAGCUUGUUUUGAUAUUUGCUGGAAAAAUAUUAAAAGAUCAAGAUACUUUGAUUCAACAUGGGAUUCACGAUGGGCUCACUGUUCACCUGGUCAUCAAAACGCAGAACAGAUCACAAGAGCAUCCAGGUCAACAAAUGCACACCACUGGCAGUAUUGCUACUACAUCAAUAUCAAGCAGUAAUACCUCAACACCAACUUUAACAAAUAGCAGCACUUUUGGCUUGGGUGGCCUUGGAGGUUUGGCAGGCCUAGGUAGCCUGGGCUUAAAUGCAUCAAACUUUUCAGAGCUACAAAGUCAGAUGCAACGACAACUUAUAUCCAACCCAGAAAUGAUGGUUCAGAUAAUGGAAAAUCCAUUUGUUCAGAGCAUGCUUUCAAAUCCUGACCUGAUGAGGCAGUUAAUUAUGGCUAACCCUCAAAUGCAGCAACUGAUACAGAGAAAUCCAGAGAUCAAUCACAUGCUGAAUAAUCCAGAUAUAAUGAGGCAGACACUAGAACUUGCUAGAAACCCUGCAAUGAUGCAGGAAAUGAUGCGAAACCAAGACCGAGCCUUGAGCAAUCUUGAAAGUAUACCAGGUGGCUACAACGCCUUGCGACGUAUGUACACAGAUAUUCAGGAACCAAUGUUGAAUGCAGCACAGGAACAGUUUGGAGGUAACCCAUUUGCUUCCUUAGUAAGCAAUGCAUCAUCAGGAGGGGACACUCAGCCAUCUCGUACAGAAAAUAGAGAUCCUUUACCAAAUCCCUGGGCUUCCCAGUCCAGCUCUCAGAGUUCUACAAGUACCAGCACCAGUGGUGAGAGGAGUGGCAGUAGUAAUGUCGGAAAUAGCACCUCUGCCAGUAUGGGACAGAGCUCGACUAUACAAAAUUUGGGACUUGGACUAGGAGUUGGUAUGUUCAACACACCAGGAAUGCAGAGCUUGUUACAACAGAUAACAGAAAAUCCACAACUUAUGCAAAAUAUGUUGUCUGCACCCUAUAUGAGAAGCAUGAUGCAGUCAUUGAGCCAGAAUCCUGAUCUUGCAGUACAGAUGAUGUUGAAUAAUCCUUUAUUUGCUGGAAAUCCUCAACUUCAGGAGCAAAUGAGACAACAGCUUCCAACUUUCCUUCAACAAAUGCAGAACCCUGACACGUUAUCAGCUAUGUCAAACCCUAGAGCAAUGCAGGCUUUGCUACAGAUUCAGCAGGGCUUGCAGACACUAGCAACAGAAGCACCAGGACUUAUACCAGGAUUCAAUCCUGGUUUAAGUGGAUUGGGAGGUAUUGGAGCGCCUACAGGGUCUGCUGUGCCUAGUUCUGUUUCCAGUGAAAAUACGAGUCCAACAUCAGGGGCUGCUGAACCUGAUCACCAGCAGUUUGUCCAACAAAUGUUGCAGGCACUUGCUGGUGCAAAUGCUCAGAUAUAUAUUCAGAUACGGGCAAAAGCCUCUCGCCUCCCCCCACCCCCAGCAACUCCCACAGAACUCCCCUGAACUGGCAAGAGUCCCGAGGAAUCCCGGAGCUGCUGCUGGAGAAAGCAGAGAGUUAUGAGGGUCAGGAGAGCUCGAGCCUAAGGGUCGAUGGUGAUGGAUGAACAGAGUCCUCCCCGGACGCCGGCCAUGGAUGGAAGAGAAAGGCGAGAAGAAGAAGGAAGCUGUCUUCUAUGAUCUCUGACCUUCCUCUGAGCUUACGUAGAUAUAUGGAAUGGAAUAUCUUUGGCCAAUUUUGCUGUCUAACUCAGCCUCCCACGGGGGGGGGGGUCAGAGAUCUCCCCAUAGUGUCUGAGCCGGCGGAGUGAAGGUGUAACCUUGAAACCUUAGUAGUUAGAAAAACAUUCCACUGUCUUAUCAGCCUAGCAGAACACACAGUUGCUAGUUAAAAGAAAGCUUACUGAAGGAAAAAAAAAUCAGUGAAAAGAAAAAUUGGCUUAAUCCUGGCUCAAACCAGGACAUAAACAAAUAAAUUAAAAUAGAAUCUCCUGGUGAUUUGAGUUUUAUAUGAUCAAAGCCUUUAAAAAUACUUAAAGUUUGGGUAGGAAAUUAUUAUUACUUUUGUUUCCUAGCCAAUUAUAGUAAAGCUGAAAGGGACCAGACCUCCAUACUGCCUUCUGUUUGGGUAGGUAGCUUUCACUACACUGAGUAUGAGGCUGUGAUAAGGAAGCAAUAGCAAGUAGUUUCUGUACAAUAUUCACUACUUUUUCCCAAUUAAUUUCACAAUUACUCUUAGGAUCUUCAAAGUAACUAAUUUGACUUGACCUUAUAGUAUGCCCUAAAUUAAUUUUGCCUCAAAAAAGAGAUCUCCAGUCAUUCAGAAGGUAUAUCCUUCUAAGAAUACAAUCCAUAACUUGCAAAAAGGCCAGUGUCAAAUGGAAAGGGCAAAGGUGAUGUAGAGAAGGGAGUGAUUUUUGCCAAGCUUUACUAAGAUACUAAAGUUCUGAAUUUGACUUUCAUGAAUAUUCUUUUGAGACAAGAUCCAGUUCACCUAUGUAAAUAAAACAGAGAUGUGAUAUUUGAAGUAAAAUUAUAUUAGAAUUUAAGAAAAAGUAGAAUUUAACCUAAACUACAAUAAACCAUGGAGCUAAUUUACUACUUGACGUACAAUUGUUAAUUCAAGUAAUGUCAACUAGUAAUAACAAUUAGUAACAAGUAGCAGUAAAACAAUGAGACAUCUUUAGUGUAGGAGGAAUUUUGGUUUUCUUGGAGAAGACCUUAAUUGUUAAAAGCAGCAUUAGGCAGAACAAGGUUUGUAGUAGGGGUAAAAAUUUAUUGUCUUUAAUAAUAAAAGAUACAUCACACUUGGUUUAAUGGCAUAAUAGAAUCUUUGUUUACACACUCUCUUGCCAUUGUCUCUAGCCUUUUAGGUACUCACUUUUGAAAAUGUCCAAUUUCUUUUUGGGUAUACAGGUUUGAAAUUUAAUAUUGCUGCUUGGUAAUAUGUCAUGCAGCUGAUUUCCUAUCACUGUAAUUUCCUGAAUUAUUUAGUUUUAUUGUGUCUGGAAAAAAAGUAAGCAUAAAUCUGCAUUUAAUAGUGGGUAUACUAGAAAAGCUCUUUGCUUGUAAAAUGGUAUACUGGGAAAAUAGGAAGAUUUCAUUAAAAUCAAAGGUACCACAA